AUGGUGAAAGGACGAAAAUUAUUUUUUAUGCGAAAUGCAGAUCAAACUGGUCAAACUGCUUCAACAGCAACAGCUACAAAUGUUCCUGAAUUAAUUCCUAAUACUCAAACUGGUCAAACUGCUUCAACAGCAACAGCUACAAAUGGUCCUGAAUCAAUUCCAAGGGAACCUAAUACUCAAACUGGUCAAACUGCUUCAACAGCAACAGCUACAGCUACAAAUGAUCCUGAAUUAUUUGAAUUAAUUCCAGUCAAUUGGGAAGCAGCUACACCAACACCAACACCAACAGGAAGAAAAGAAAUCAACAAUCCAUUUAAUGCUGUUACCUCUAAAGUGUCGUAUCUUGUCUAUUGGGAAAAUCCUAUACAUUCCGGAAUUGUUCUAGCAACCGGAUUAUUGGUCAUUAUUUAUACCUCUUAUUAUUCCUUGAUCAACACUUAUUUCGCUUUGAUUAUCAGUCUUUUGGGUUUGAAUUGGAUUAUCGUAAUUGGUAAAAAACAGUUCCAAACUCUAUCAAAUACUAAAUAUACUAAUCCAUUUGAAAAAUUUCUUGUCGAUAAACCAAUGUUCAUCAAACGUGAAACAAUUGAAAAAUAUCUUGAUAUUUGUGUCGAUGGAGUUAACUUUUUGUUACUUGAAUUUCAAAAGAUUAUUUUAGUUGAAAACCCAUCAAAAACCUUUAAGUAUAUCGUUUCCUUAUACUUUUUAUGGACGAUCUUAGGAUGGUUUAGCAUUCGUACACUCGCGUCAAUUGUUCUUGUUCUUGGAUUUUCUGUUCCCAUGGCAUAUAAGCGUAACAAGUCAUUUUUUGAUGAAAAAUUGAAUAGAGUGCAUGACAUUUCAAAUUCUUAUUGUGAACAUGCUACCGGCCUUCUUAAACAUCAUACUAAAGGAGUAGUUGAAAAGAGUAAAAACGCGAUUAACAAAAGUUGGGGGACAAAAGAAGAAUAA